UGGAACAACUAGCGGGCUGCGCACGUCACUGUAUUAUCUAUGUUAGUUCCGCCCCUUAUGAAUAUUAAUAAGCUCGCGCACCCGCGCGAAAAUUAAGCAAAUCUUCAUUUCGCGAUUUCGAUGUCGUGUACAAUGUACUCGGAUUCGAUGGCUGCCUCCAGUUCGAUGGCUGCCUCCACCUGGACUGAAGUAUGGACUCCAGUCCAUGAGCCCGGGGGAUGCGACGCCGGGGAAGAAAACCUCAGAGGAUGGGUGAGCACCAAGGAGGAGGCUGAGGACGUGAGACAGCAAUGGCAGGUUGCCAAUUCGAUAACUUUUGUAGGUGACCGAAAAGGAGUGGGAUUCGGGAAUGGAAUUCUCCACUUGCAGAACUCGGAUGGUGGGCUGAUUCAUAUGCCUAAGGUUCGGUUUUCUGACAUAGGAGACAAGGUUGUGUCUGCUGAUGGUGUUCCCUUUGCCAUCGUUUCUCGAUACAGCCUCCGCUGCAUGUAUGGGAAGGAUAAAAAUCAAGCUGCUAAAAGAAGAAAUGAAGAGUUGGCAGAAAAAGCACUGAAGGAAGACCAUCCUCUGCCCAGAAAGAGAAGAUACAGACGUCUGCAGGGUUCAAAGAAAAAGGGCUGUCCUGCAGUGAUAGAAAUGAAGGAAGUCAUUCGUUUCACAGACUAUGAUACUAACAAUGACUCUGGGAUGUCAAGGAGAGCCAUAUCGGACCAUAUUCGUCUAGCUCUAAAAAAUGGGGAGAAGUUCAAUUUUGAGCAUAGGAUUUACAUCCGGCUACCCAGCAAAGCUGAUCAUCAGAGUGUGCAUUCACUUGGAAAGGUGAUGGGGUUCAUGAACCCACUGAACAGGACAGUGUCAGCUAAACUCAUGGAGCUUGUUGGUGAUGGUGUUGUUAACGUCAGUGAGAUGAAGCGGCACCUAAGAGCCCAUCUUCACACUGUUCUCUUCCCGGAUGUUGAGAAAAGGCCAUCUGUUAUGGACACCGCAUAUUAUCCAUCCGAUAAUACCAUUCGGCAGCAUAUAUAUGCUGCCAGAAUGCAGCUAAGAUACUCAAAGCUGGACCAGCCAAACCUCCAGCAGAUGGUUGUGGAGUGGAAGAAGCAGAAUCCGGAAGAUCGGUUCACUUUACAGCUUGCCUCUGCUGACCCCUCUCCCAUCCCACAAUAUGAGACAAUCCCCAAUGAAGAAGAAGAAGCUGUCCCCAUCAAUUCUGCCCCCAAUGAGUUUUUCUUUUGCCACCAGACACAACAUCAGAGGCAUCUUCUGCAGAGGUAUGGCAACGACCUAUGCCUACUUGAUGCCACUUACAGAACGACCAAAUAUGCUCUGCCUCUCUUUUUCUUAGCCGUGAAGACAAAUGUUGGAUACAGUGUUGUGGCUGAGUUUGUGGUACAAUACGAGACAAAGGAUGCUAUUAAGCAAGGACUGCAGACAAUACAAGAUUGGAUGAAGAGGGAGAAAAUGACCUGGAAACCGAAAUAUUUCAUGACUGAUUUCUGUGAAAGAGAAAUUCAAGCCAUUGAAGAAACCUUCCCUGGUACUCGGGUCUUCCUGUGUGACUUCCAUAGAGAGCAGGCUUGGGGUCGGUGGACCAGCAAGAAAGAUAACUGUGCUGCUGUGUACCAUGACACCGUCUUGGCCAUGCUCAGAAGAUGCGCUCAUGCCCCAACUGAGCGUGAAUACAAGGAUGCACUGACCCAUCUGCAACAAUCUGAAGCCUGGAAAAAGAAUGGGAAGCUUCAGCGCUGGUUUACCAAGACCUGGCUGCCCCAUUGCAUGCGCUGGGCAUGGGCUUUUAGAUACCAAGAAAAUCUUCUGGCCUACACCAACAAUGGGCUGGAGCGGCAAAAUAAAGUGUUCAAGCACACCUAUCUUGAACAGAAAAAAAGCAGCAACCUCUCAGGAAUGGUGGAUGCACUCAUUUCCAGCUACAUUCCAUCCAUGACACAGAAGUACAUUAUGAAAAAUGUCAAAGCAAACACCAAGUAUGGACGGGCAUAUGGCCCUGAUGUUCCAAGCUUUCUCUGGAACAGACCCCCCAAUUUUGUGAUCCACUGCAUGGAGAAGCUUGAAGGAUCUUAUGCAAUAUCGCAAGCAGAUAUUCAAGAAGUUUCCUCAAACACAUUCAAGGUGCGAAGUGAAAGUGCUCAAGGCCGUUGUGCAUACUUGGUGAAACUAAAUGCACAGGAGUCCCCAGAGUGCGAAUGUCUCUCAUGGAAAAAGUCGAAGCUUCCGUGUAAGCACAUUUUUGGGGUAAUAAAUUGCAUGGAGGGUUUGUCUUGGGAGAGUCUUCCAGCAGCCUACCGCAACUCCCCAUUUCAUACACUGGACGAGGAUGUUUGCAUGUUUCCAGACGAAGGAGAGGAUGUUCCACCUAAUUUCCAGGAAAGUGAUGACCAAGAUAUGCAGCUGCUUCCAAUAGCAUCAGCAGCGAGCAGUGCAACGAAAGCUGCAGCUGGCUGCCGUGAGAAGCUAGCUCUCAUCAAAGAGUUAACAUAUCUCUCCAAUGACAGGCUAGUGCUUGAGGAGGUAAUGCUGCAGCUAGAAUCAACAUUGGCCUACAUGCGACAGAAUGGAAGUCGUCAAGAAGGCGUACUCCUUAACGAAAAUACAGCUACAGGCAAUUCAAAGAAACUGCUUCGAGGGACUUUGUCCAAUUCCAGGUCUGAGGCAUCACUUCCUCUUCGUAAAAAGAAACGUGUGCGGUUUACCGAAGCAACAAAACAAUAUGACGGGAAGAGGAGGAGGUUGAACAGAGGUAAUUCACAAAAGCUUCCUCUUGGGACAUUGGACGUACUUGAUCAUCAUGAGCCAACAGAACAAAAGAAAAAGCAGAAGGCAACCUGUAGACGAACAAAGAUGACCCUUAAUGCUGAUUUGUCCAGACAGAUUCUUCCAGAAUUACAAGGACUUACCCAAACACCAUUGCCUUUAUCUCAUGAAGAUGCUAGAUGGCAUGUAUGUGGAGAGAGCCUUGAACUACGAGAUUUUAAAUCUCUCCAGUAUCCGUCAUGGAUAAAUGACAAGAUUAUCAAUGCCUAUUUAAAGACUCUUCAAAGAGAAAAUAACAAAAACAAUGUAGAUCACCUGUACACAAUUCCAUCAUAUGCCGCAGUUCACUGGGAAAGAAAUCACUUUGAUUCUUGGAUGUUCAAAGCUGUCAACAUGGAGAAGUAUUCCUGGCUUUUUCUCCCCAUCGUUGUAAACAGGAACCACUGGGUUCUGCUGGUAGCUGAAAUAAUGAAAGGUGAGGUGUCCAUCCUUGAUUCCCUGUCAAACAAGGCAACGAAGAACUUCUACUUUGAAAAGUUCAGAUGUUACAUGGAGAAGAGGGCCAGCGUAACAGGGGACCUAGUUGAGAAGCAAUGGACCCUUGGGAGUCUCCAAUCAGCCAGUCAAGUGGAUGGUCAUUCAUGUGGAGCAUUCGUAAUGAUGAAUGCACUUGCCAUAGUGAAGGGCUUCAAACCUCGUUCCAUUGCACCAAACCCCUGCGCAAUGCGCAUCUUCGUGCAGAAUAAGCUUUUAGAGCAUGCUGUCAGCCCGAAGGACCAAGAGAAGAUCUGCGACAUGCUCACAUGCAAGUUCGCGUCUUCUCAAAGAGGAAAGUACAAGCCAUGGGUAUGUUGUGAUGUCUGUGGUAAAUGGAUGCACCAGGAAUGCGUAUCACUGACAUCUCCCAUCAAAGAGAGGAAAGACUUUAUCUGCCCUAUCUGUACAGCACAGUAUGAGUAGCUACAUCUUACAAUGUGUUAACAGGACUCAUAGUAAAGCAAACAUUUUUGUGUUGUGUCUAUGAAAGUUCAGUGAAGCACUUAUAUUCCAAAGUCUUUAUGUCCAUCAUUCUUUUGAAUUUUUCGUUCACCCUUUUUUCAGAAAGCCCUUACUUCAGUUCCUUCGUGUCAUAGGAGAUUUCUUACCAAGGUCAAAGGUGAUUUUUAGGUCACAUUGCAGAAGCUUGUCAAAAUUUUAGUUCACCUUUUUCAAAUUGCACUAACUGGAACAUUUGAAAACCACUUAAAACCAAAUUUCGCACAAAAUGAUUGAGGGGUCCCUUCAUGUUUUGAUUAGAUGUGAGGUUACCUAUUUUAUUUAAUUUUAGUUAUGUUUGAUGAAAAAAUUCUAGUUAUUUUUUAUUUCAAACACAUUCAACACAUUAUUAGUUGUCAUGGGAACAGCUGUUUGACUUUCAGCUAUAAGGUGAAGAUAUGAACUGCAGCUCAAGAUCUAGAUUCUGGUAUUGGUUUUGUUUCCCCUAAAUCAAUUUUGGUGGGAAACAAAUUUUAUAUAAUUUAAGUUUUCAUGUAUUUUUUUUGUUUUUGUUUAACUAUAGGUGUACAAUAGGGCUGCACAAUAUUGCAUAUUUGGGUAUUCGAUUAUCACCAGCCGUAAUAUCAUGAUAAGGCAAUUUAUCAUCCCCCAUAAGUAAUUGUCAAACAAUGUUCACAUGCCAUAUUAUUUACUGCUUAGGCUAGCAUACAGACAUCAUUCAUUGGAAGGGGGACACUUUUAUGACCCUUUCCCUGGACCCUGUUGAGCUGGAUUAGGGAUGUCUUGGUUUUAUGACUUGCUGUCACAGAUUCAUUGUAAUAUGGGCUAGUUUUGAUGUCUGAAACAAGUAAAAUCUCCAUUUUUACAAUAGGGCGAGUGGUGAUAUGUCGUCUACCCAUUAUUGUCUAUUCAUUGAAGUUUCAAUGUCACAAUAUUAUAAUGUUAUCAUCAUAUCUUGCAGUCCUAGAGUACAAAUUUCAAAAAUGGCUCUACAGACAUGGAUCAUCUCAAAAUAGAUAUAAUUGCCAAGUAUGAAGCCAAUUAGAUAAAGCUGAGAAAUCUGUAUUCUAUCGUUGAAAAUGGUACUUUUUAUGUGAAUAGGAUUGAUUGCAAUUUUUUUUUCAUCUUGAUUGUCAUAUGCAGUAAUGGACAUAUUUUGGCUACUGUGCUAAUUUGCUGUACAAGAACAUACUAUAUCUUGGGUGUUCUGUUUACCUACUUGGACACGCAAGCUUUUCUUCACCUUAAUUGUCUAAGUGUGCAGUAUUCUAAUCUGAUGUCAAAAUGGCAAAACCCAGAGAAAAAAGAGUGGAAAGAGAUUUUUGUGAUUUUCCAUGCUUUCCAAUGUAGUUUUCCUUGCCUAUUCUGUAUUAGAUGUAUUUUGUGUGUGUGUGUUAUUUAUUACUUAUUUAUUUAGUUCACAUAUUCUCUCAGGGUGGUCUGUUCAGUACAUAAAAACUGGUCUUCCUCAGAGCCAUGGCAUAAAAUCAAACAAGAAAAUACAUAUUUACAUAUAUUUGUGUAAUGUGUGUGUAUGUUAGUUGCCUCAAAUGGUAUGUAACUUGAUAAUGUUGUAUUUCUUUAGUGGUAUAGGGCUAUGUAUGCAAAAUAUUACAUUCAUCUUGCUGGAUAUUUUGUGUAUUCCACUCAAGAGCAUGCAACAUUAUUUUGUUACUUAUGAUAGUAAUAAUAAUGAUUGUACAUGCUUAUGUAGCACUUAACACCGUAAGAAAAAGACAACUGCAGUGUGUUUGGCAUACCAUGAGAA